AUGUGGGAAGUCGAUCCUGAAACCAGGAGCAAGCUCCUGGAGAUCCAGAAGGAGAACGGCAACAAUUCGUGCGUCGACUGCAACGCCCCGAGCCCUCAAUGGGCGUCGCCUAAGUUCGGCAUCUUCAUGUGCCUGAACUGCUCCGGCAUCCACCGCGGCCUCGGCGUGCACAUCUCCUUCAUUCGCAGCAUAACCAUGGACGCUUUCAAGGGAGCCGAGCUCGAGCGCAUGAAGAACGGCGGCAACAAGCCUUGGCAGGACUUCUUCACCAACCACCAGUCCAACCAGCUCGAAGGCCGCACCUUCGACGACUGCACCAUCAACGAGAGAUACGACAGCGAGGCGGGCGAGGAGUGGAAAGAGCGGCUGACGGCCAAGGUCGAGGGCAAGGAGUACGUGCCGCAGCCCAAGGAGAAGAAGACGCCGGUGAAGAAGGCGGCGGCAGCGCCGCUCAGCGGAAGCAGGGCUGGCAGCAGGGCCGGCACGCCCGUCUCGCGCAACGAGCUGGAGGGCUUCGCGCCAGGUCGCACCGGCUCGCCCAGCUUGGGCACGGCGUCGCUGUCCAAGAAGCAGCAGAACGAGGCCUACUUCGCACGCAUGGGCGCCGAGAAUGCGAACAGACCGGAUGACCUGCCGCCCAACCAGGGCGGAAAGUACGCCGGUUUCGGCAGCGACCCAUUUCCACAGCAACAGCAGCAGGGCAGCAUCCCGGGCUUGGAUGAUUUCCAGAAAGACCCCGUGGGCGCUUUGACGAAAGGGUUUGGCUGGUUCAGCACCACGGUGCAGAAGACGGCGAAGACAGGGUACGAUGGCUGGGUCAAGCCCGGCAUGGAGAACCUAUCCAAGGCAGACAUUGCAGCGCAAGCACGCUCCGCCGCCAUGACCAUCGGACAGACGGCGCAAUCGGCCGGCAAGAACGCUGCCGAUUCGUUCAACCGCUUCGUCGAGGGCGACGACACGCUCGCGCCGCGCAACGGAAACGCAAAGAAGGCCGGGCCGGACGAGGAGCACAAGGACUUCUGGGACUCGUUCGGCGCAGCGCCCCAGGGCCCUCCGGCGGAGAAGAAGGGCUUCUGGGAUGAAUUCGCGUCGGCGGGAGAGCAGACCACAAGCAAACCGAAGCCGACGAGCGUCGGGACCGCGGCAAUGAAGAAGGGAGGAAGCGGCAGCGCACCGGCGGCGAAGAAGGAGGACGACGGAUGGGGCGAUUGGUAG